UUUAAAGCUUGACGUCAUAACUUCUAUUAUGACCAAAUAUAUUGAAAAACCGUAAUACACACAAUUUUUGUUUUUUACUUUUUAUCACACAUGCUAAAAGAAUACCAUGAAAUGCCCUCAAGUCUGGUUAAGCAGUAAAAUAUUUUGUGUAUUGGGCGAUAUCUGGCAGGCCAAUAAAAGAUUCAACUUUGCUAACGAAUCGCUAAUUUGAGAGCAGAUUGAGAAAAAGGCGAGCUUAAUCAGAUAAUUAUCCUUCGAAUAACACAACUUAAAGGCAAUCUGUCCCCUCAAUGAUUGGCUAACAUGAACAAUAGCUUAUCCCGCCAUUGACUGGCCUAGCUGUGAUAGUGGACGACAUUUGAAACAGCGGGCAAAAUGCUAUCGGAAAUGGCAAGAAGAUUUUGAUGGAAGCAUUUAUUUUCCCUUUUGACAUAUCUGUCGCAGAAACCAAACAGGGAAGCAAAUUUUUCUAGCCACAGCUUCUCUACAACGGAAACACGGCCAUUUGAUUCAAAAGCUCUGGAAUCAAACAUAUCUCUGAUUGGUUUAAAUCGUUUGAUUAUCGAUCAAGCUCAACGAUGCGUGAAUUUCACGAGUUUUGUGCUCUAUGAUCAUUCUAAAGACAAUCAAUAGAUUAUAUAUGGCUUUGAAAAACGCAAACAUUUUAGAACAUAAUUAACCUAUUCGUCUGACACACCUCAAAGUUUGAUACUUAUAUAUCUUUUCGGAUGAAUUUCAGACGAAAGGAGAAAGCAAAUAUUCUUUUAAAAUGAUAAUUUAUGAAAAGUUUCCUUCCACAAUCUAGUCGUUAUUUGCUGGUCCUAAGAAGAGAUUUGAACAAUUGUUGAAACCUUUCUUAAACUGAAAUUGAUCUUUUUGAAAAAGAAAUCGUAUGAACAGUGUAAAUCCCCCCCCCCCGGCUUUGUUACUGGCGGUAUUAGGGUUUCAUUCUGAUAUUGGCAGAAGUAAGUUAAUAUUUUUUGAAGAACUCAUGCCAAGUCCCGGAUGCUCAAUUUCUGUACCUUUGCAUUCAAGAUUAUUUUUACUUUAGGAAGAUUUGUUUUGCUGCAACAGAAUUCGUUUUGCUGUAGCAAAUUUUGUAAAAAAGUUUGUUUUCUGCUUGAUUUUCAGAGGAUGGUGCAACCCCUUCUUUUAUGUCCAAACAAAAGUUGUUGCGAAGUAUUUUGUUGUGAUUCUAAAAUUUGCAAUUGCCCCUCAAACUUUCAAACUUUUAUUGGAGUCCAUUUAAACAAUGAAUCUUGAUUGAUGUUAUCGAAUUGACCAAAGAUGUAAUCUGUAAGGAGAAGUUCAAAAUCUAGUUGCUACAACCCCUAUUUGGAGAGAAUGGUAGAUUGUGAACCUUUGAGGUUUAUUCCUUCAAAUAGGAAGACCAAUUCACACACCUAAGCCUUUUGGUAAACAGCUGUACCUUGUACUUUAAAUCACGCUAGUUGUAGUUUCUGGAUCUUAAAAUUCUCAGAUACUAUUAAAUCUUUACAAUAAUACUUUUCUUACAAUAACAAUGUGCCCAUAUGAGAAAGAAGCCAACCGAGCACAUUCUAUGUUGAGCCCCCUGAAAGUUGAAGCGCAAGAAAUAUUCAACAGAACAACUUUUUGGUUGGAAGAAGUGUCAGAGAUCCGCUAAAAAGAUAUAUAUUAAAAAAAUGGAUGCGGGGAUCAAUGGUGGUCCGAGUCGAUGUAGCAAUGAAGUUUCCACUGCCUGUCAAAGCCAGAAAACUGUGACUUUCUGUUGCAAUGUUUUACAGCAAACCCAGCAGGCCGGAGAUGGAGUUGCACGAGGCACCGUAGGAGUACUAGAUGCAAACUCGAACAAUUCUGAAUCGUACGAUUCCAUAAAAAUGCAGAGGAACAAAGUACGAAGCUCACAACGUGCCGUCGAGCAGAAAGCUUAUUUACGACUCAAAGAGCUAGUGCCUAAUUUAAGAAAGCAGCAGAAACGGGUCUCGAAAUUGGAGACCUUGAAACAAACCUGUGACUACAUCAAGUACUUGAAGGAGGUGCUUGAUAAACUGCAGACAAUCAAGGCAGAGAGGGACAACAAGAAAGAUAAAGAAGAUGGGGAAGAAGCGUGUCGUUAAUAAACCUACGAUUUAGGCGUAGACGGGCAAUGAACCCAUGUUGAAAAUACGGGAUCUAAUGCCCAGCCCUUAGGUUGACGAUGUUAUGCUCAUCCCAUGUUGAUGAUGUUUUUAGCUGUACUUGUUGUUCAAGGGAAUGGCCUGGCUUCGGUUUUAGAUCCGUUCUCAACCUCGGUAACGAAUACAUUACUCUCCAAUAGACGUGUUUUUCUGAAAUGCCUGAUUUUUUCUGGAAUAGUGACAAAUAAUCUACAUAGGAUAACUCAUUAGAAAAUAUAAUAGUUUAGGAUAAGCCAUUCUCUGCCAGUUAUUUAUUUUUAAUUACUAAUUGUCCUAUGAAUUUUUAAAACCAUUUUAUUUAAACUAAUACU